ACUUGGGUCUUCUCUGCGAAAUGUAGGAUCUGGCGCGAUGGCGGGCGGCUAUAUUACUCCCACGCAUGCUCGUGCUUACAUACUGCUUUAAAAAGAGGCUUUCCUCUAACGACCCGUUUACAUUUAAUCUAUUUCCUUUCCGGUUGAAUGCUAUCGCUCAUUACUACAGGCUCCGUGUUGAUCUGUUAGCAACCUUCAUUUUCUCUUUCUUCUUGUUCGCGGAACCGCAUAUUCCUUUAGUCUGCUAUUAUCUCGUCUUCUAUCUGCGACCCACGGCCAUGGAUAUCAGAGGGGGGUAUGACUAUGUUGAAGGACCCCGCGGCGGCCCUCCGGUUCGCAACCAUUCGCGGCUUCGCAGCGAACAUUACAACCGCGAACCCGCGUAUUACUAUACUGGACCGUCCGGCCCGCUUCUGACCCCUGGCAUUACUAACAUGCGCCGCUCAAGCUCAAUUGGCCGUGGUCCUGCGCCGCCGACUCAGGUCAUCAUAAAUAAUACCCAGAGAGAGGAAUCUCCCCGGCGAGCACGGUCACGGGGCAGGCCUCGCAGUGCUUUUGGGCCAGACUUUGAUUUUGAUGACGAUGACUGGGAUGAGCGCGCGCAUAGCCCUGUUCGCUGGCGGGAGCAUUCUCGGUCACGUUCCCGUAUGAGAAUACAAUACCCUGGCUCGCGUGAUCCAUCCCCGCUCUAUUGGGAAUAUCAGCAGGCCAAGAAGGAGCUCGAUGAAAUCAAGAAAAAGGAAGAAGAGGAAGCGAAGGAGAAAAGGAUUAAGGAUGAAUUGCUAUUACAGCAAGCCAAGGAAGAAAAGGCGCGAAAAGAAGCAGCCGAGAAGGAAGAUGCGGUCAAGAAAAAGGCCAUUGAAGAAUUCAAGGAAAGGCAAAAGGAGCAGCAGGAGAAGGAGAAAGCUGCAAAAGCAAGCGCGGAGAAAGAAUAUCUGGAACGUGUCCGCAAAGACUUGACAAACUUUGGAGUGUCUGACGAUCAAAUUACUGCCAUUGUUAACCACGACAAACGGCCUGCUCUUGUAGAUUUGUCCAAGCAAACUUGGGUGAAAGUCCAUCGGGCGCAUCUUUUAGUGGAGACAUUGGACUAUUACCAAUUGCCAUGGGAAUAUGAUGCAUUCAAUCCAGAUUACAUCGUGAUCAAACAGUGGGUCCCAGAGCAUGAGCAAGAAGUCUUGUUUGACCACACGCGGAGACUUAGGGAAGAAAAGGAAAUAUUGGAAAUACAUAAAACCCAUAUUCAGGAAAUCCGGACUACCCCCAAGCCUGUGGUCGUGAAGAAAAAGGCCCCAGUCAGAGUUAGCUUUUUCGAUGUUUUCAGGUAGGUAUCAAUUAUUCCCCUGCUAGAGCAUUUACAUUGCGACAUGCUCAUGGCCUUUCGAUAUUGCCUUGCUUAAGUAUCAGUCGUGCUAUCAAUCUUUGAAGUCACAUUUUUUUCCAGUCAAAUUCUACGCAGAUGCACCUCAUGUUGCAGUUGAAUUAGCAUUGCCAUUUUAUCAGACACGCUUUCUUUGCCUCGAUGCAAUAGGGGUGGGUGGACCAUCGAGGACAUGGUUCGCUAGAGUUACUUUCAGGUAAUUUCAAAGCCAUGAAUAGUAGAACAAACGAUUCCAAGUUUCCUAGAGUGAAGAGAACC